GGGUGCAAACGGCGGGGAGAGCGGGGGGCACGGCCUGCGGGCGCCCCGGGGCAGGACGGUCCGGUGUCACCUCCGGAAGCUCCCGGUGAGGUGAGGAGGCUCCGCGCUCACGGAAAACGCGGAGUCACCGAAGGGGCGGGGCGGGUGUCCCUGCCCGGCGGGGCGGGGCAGGGCAGGGCGGAGCGGAGCGGAGCGGAGCAGCCCUUUGUGCCCGGGGCGGGGCCGGCCCGCAGCUCGGGACAGCGGCACCACCGGCUCUGGGCGCCGCCGCGCGGGGCUCGCCCCAUUAAUAGGGGCGGUGACGUCACGGGGCGGGGCGGCGGCGGGAGGGGGUGCCGCGCGCAUGCGCGUUGCGGGCGGCGGCGGCGCUGCAGCACGGAGCGGUGUCGGAGCGCGGGGCGCAGAGAGAGCCAUGGCUGGGGAUGGCGAGGGACGCGGCCACACACCCGCCGCGGCCGCGGCUGCGGGGCCCGGCCUGAGGGAGCGGCGGCCCUAGGACCGGCCCGGCGGCGCCAGCCAGCAGCGGGGAAAAAAAACAAAUAAAUACAUUGCCACGAAAUAAAAAUUAAAAGGGGGAAAGAAAAAAAAAGAAAAAAAAAAAAAAAACAACCAAUCAACCAACCAACCAAAACCGGGAAACCCAGCAGCCCGGCAACAGCAGCAGCAGCACCGCCACCAGCAGCCCGCAGCGCUCGCCCGCCGCCGCCGGCCCGCGGGAGAAACCGGCCGCCGCCAAGAGCUCCGGGACGCCCCGCCGCCCACCAGAUAGAUGUGCGGUCCCGCCGCCCGCACGGCCGACGAUGAACGCGCAGCUGGCGAUGGAGAACAUCGGCGAUCUGCACGGGGUGAGCCAUGAGCCGGUGCCCGCCGGCGCCGACCUGAUGAGCGGCAGCCCCCACCACCGGAGCGCGGUGGCCCACCGCGGCAGCCACCUGCCGGCCCACCCGCGCUCCAUGGGCAUGGCGUCCAUCCUCGACGGCGGCGACUACCACCACCACCACCGGCCGCCCGAGCACGCGCUGACCGGGCCCCUGCAUCCCACCAUGACCAUGGCCUGCGAGACACCCCCCGGCAUGAGCAUGAGCAGCACCUACACCACGUUAACCCCUCUGCAGCCUCUACCUCCCAUCUCGACGGUCUCGGAUAAGUUCCCUCACCACCACCACCACCAUCACCACCAUCACCAUCCCCACCAGCGGAUACCGGGCAACGUGAGCGGCAGCUUCACGCUCAUGCGGGACGAGAGGGGUCUGGCGUCUAUGAACAAUCUCUAUACCCCCUACCACAAGGAUGUUACCGGCAUGGGGCAGAGCCUCUCUCCGUUGUCUGGAUCGGGCCUGGGGAGCAUCCACAAUUCCCAACAAGGGCUGCCCCACUACGCUCACCCCAGUGCCACCAUGCCCGCCGAGAAAAUGCUCACCCCAAAUGGAUUUGAAGCCCACCACCCUGCCAUGUUAGCCAGGCAUGGCGACCAACACCUCACCCCCACCUCCGCUGGCAUGGUGCCUAUCAACGGGAUCCCACACCACCCCCAUGCCCACUUGAAUGCCCAGAGCCACGGGCAGAUCCUGGGCUCUGCCAGGGAGCAAAACCCGUCUGUAACUGGUUCGCAGGUCAACAGUGGAAGUAAUUCAGGGCAAAUGGAAGAAAUCAAUACCAAAGAAGUAGCUCAGAGGAUCACCACGGAGCUCAAGCGGUACAGCAUCCCCCAGGCUAUCUUCGCCCAGAGGGUGCUGUGCCGCUCUCAAGGGACGCUCUCAGACCUGCUGAGGAACCCCAAGCCCUGGAGCAAGCUCAAAUCCGGCCGGGAGACCUUCCGCAGAAUGUGGAAGUGGCUCCAGGAGCCGGAGUUUCAGCGGAUGUCUGCUCUGCGGCUUGCAGCGUGCAAGAGGAAAGAACAAGAACAUGGGAAGGAUAGAGGGAAUACACCCAAAAAGCCUCGGUUGGUCUUCACUGAUGUCCAGCGUCGAACUCUACAUGCAAUAUUCAAGGAAAAUAAGCGUCCAUCCAAAGAAUUACAAAUCACCAUUUCCCAGCAGCUUGGGUUGGAGCUGAGCACCGUCAGCAACUUUUUCAUGAAUGCACGGAGGAGGAGUCUGGAUAAGUGGCAAGACGAGGGCAGCUCCAAUUCAGGCAACUCAUCUUCUUCAUCAAGCACUUGUACCAAAGCAUGA